CAUGUUCUUAUCUCACGAGCUCUUAUUGUAUAAUUUAUAUAUUAUUUCCUGACAAAGUACAUCUAAGUACAUUUUCAAAAAUGAAAAAAGAAUUCAAAUGUUUGGAGUAAGUUUUUAAUCGAAACUAACUAAUACAUAAUUGAACAAGAAUAGGUAUAGGCAUAUUAACUGUAUGUUUCAGUUAAUGACUCCAAAAGGUUUUGUUCUCAAAGGAUACUAAAGAUUUGGUUUGAGAAAGUGUGUCAUAUUUGUAUACAUAUUAAGAAAGUGUUUCUUGAAAAAAGACGCAUAGGCUUGUUCAGAUGUAAGAAUGAGAUCAUCGGUAUGCAUGAGAUGAGGUCACCAGCAUACUACGUAUGUUAGGAUAAAUUUUCAGCGAUUUUUUCUAAUUUUACCGAGAUGUGGAUGAAAAGCUCAACUCAAGGUUUGGCUCAUGAUUAAUUUUCAUUUUCUAAUAACAUUUUUUUCAAGAAAAUUGCAAUUCAACAACAACAGCAGCAACAACAACAACCACUCUCGAAGGAAAAACAACCAUGUGGUAAAAGUUUCGAGUGGAGCUGACAACAAAUUUCGAUAGCAUGGGAUUGCAUGAACACCUUAAAAUUUUUCUUCCAAAUAACAAUGAAGGUGACCUGUAACAAAAGAAGCACCUGCGAAUCCCAGAUCUUAGUGUCUGUUGUGAUCCCUGUAUAUAAUGCAGAGCAAUGGCUAGAUGCAGCACUGGAAUCAAUCUGCCAGCAGACAUGGAGAGAGUCACUUGAGGUCUCAAUUUAUGAUGAUGCUUCCACUGAUAGCUCUCGAUACAUCAUUGACAAAUGGAAAAUUGUUUUGGAAAAGCUUUUAGUGAAAGUCACAAUUGGUAGCAACAAAACUGGUAAACCUAGUGGCGUUGGGGCUGCAAAGAAUGCUGCAAUCAGGCAAAGUAAUGGCAAAUACAUUUGUUUCUUUGACUCAGAUGAUGUUAUGCUGUCGAAAAGACUUGAACUGCAGUUGAAGGUGGCCUUGGCACUAGAUUGGAAUACUAUAAUUGGCUGCAAUUUUGAAAGAGUUCCAGAUGAUUCAACACCAAGAUACACAACAUGGCACAACAGCCUUUCACAAAUACAGCUUUCUACCCAGAUUUAUACAUCCUUUGGACCAACGCUGAUACAACCAACAUGGUUUUGCUCUAGAGAUCUAAUUGAAUAUCUUGGCUAUUUUGAUGAGAUCGGCAAGGGUCAUCCCGAGGACCUGACGUUUUUUUACAAACAUUUGAAGAACAACGGCAAACUUUACCGUGUCCAAGAGACGCUUUUAUUGUACCGAUAUCAUGAAAAUGCAGCCUCCUUCAGUGUGAGCGAAGAAACGAUAUGGGACAUACGGUUGAGCCACCUUGAGGUUGAAGUUCUUUCAAAGUGGCAAAAUUUUACCAUUUGGAAUGCAGGCAAGCAAGGUCGAAGAUUUUAUCGAUCACUCACUCAGAAGGAUCGCGGCAAGGUCUUGGCACUGUGUGAUGUUGAUGAGAAGAAAAUAUCAAAAGGAGAAUACAGAUGUGAGCUGUUGAAGGAUGGUGACUGUGUACCCAUUGUUCCUAUCAUCCAUUUUAAGGACGCAGUUCCCCCUAUGGUCAUCUGUGUCAAGAUUAAUCUGACAAAGGGUGAAUUUGAAAAGAACCUUUCCUCGUUGAAUCUGGUGGAAGGCACUGACUAUGUUCUCUUCAGCUGACGUCAUUAACCCGUUCUCCAAGCAAUCCAUUGGAAAUGGUGGAGCAAUGCAUUUCUAUCAUGAUACACCAGAAAACCCUGCUGUAUUGGAAAAAGUUCCAGAAGCAUUCCUUUGCAGGUAGAGAUAUGUUUCACAAUUCUGGGAAAGCAAUAGAGAUGAUGUCGCCUCUUCUUAACAUUUUGCAUAUCUAACUAGGUGAUUAAAUAUAGACCCAGAUCCCGCUGUCUAGCUGAUAUGUCUGUCUCACUGUGUAUAAUUUAUUAUAAUUUACGUAUUUAGAAACAUGAUAGGGCUAGUUACCGGAUAGGGCUGCAUGAUAUCUGUUUCAGCCUAUCAAACUGUCUGUUUUCAUCAAUAUAUUCAUGAUUUUGCCAAUUUGUUCAAUUCUAUUAAUUGCAAAAACUCUUUUCAAGGCCUGGGCCAAGUACUCAAGCCUUAAAAGUAACCUAAGAGAGCAUUUACCAGCUUGGAUUUGCAUUCUAUUAUUGUCAACAUAUCAAACCUUGUACUUUCAUAAAUUUUACGUAAUUUUUUAAUUUUGUGUACAUGAGCCUGUUGCAAUACAUCUUUGAAAGGCCUCAAUUCUAGAAGUAGCCUAAGCAGGCAGCUACCUGCUGGCGUUUGCAUCUCAACAUUGUUAGCAUAUAAUACCUUGUAACUUAAUCUAUUGCAAAACCUCUUUUUAAAGCCUGGAACCCAGUAAUCAUGUCUUAAACAAGUCUGAGGUGACAUUUCCUAGCUGGGAUCUGCAUCUUUUGGUUUUUUGCCGUUUUGUCAACAUUUCUUACUAAAUCAACAAAUUCAUUCUACCGAGUCUCUUGAGCUCCAACGUAAGCAUUAAAUCUGGCAGUGAAUGUGUGAAGCUUUAAUUACUUUCAAGUAUCAAAUGAGACGAAGAGCCAUUAGUUCUCUUAGUCCCUUCUGUUUCUUGCCACCAUACGUUGUAAAUAUUUGCAGUUGAUAAAAGGGAUCUUAGAUGGUGGCUACUUUCCUUUGAAGUUGAAGAGGAGAUUCUAUACAGCUCCAAGCAUUAAAUGAUUGAAUUAUUGAUCACUGGCCAUUUUGAUAUCUCAAAGUAAGAUAAGAUAAGAGAAGCAUCUCACUCGAUAUCUUGACCGUUUAAGUGGCCUACUUGUACUUAUAGUAAAUAAAUUUUGUUUUUAAAUUUUCGAACAAAGAUAAAUGCGUAUCCGCAGCAGCAAGAUGACAUAUAGUAAUAAUGAUAAUGAUAACGCAAUUUAUUUAUAGUUGGCUAUAAAAUAGCUGGUGCUAAUAAAGGCCAAUAUUACCCUAUUUACACUAUUUCCAGAGUUAAUCUUUGAAAUACAAUCGCGGCAGUAACAUCCGGACUCUUUCCAACCUUAGGUUUUUCAUUUUGAACUAAUUUUCGCUUUCUGUUGCUUUAUAUUGGUCUGGAAGCCGAUUUCAAACUAUGCUAUCCUUGAAUGAAAGAGACUCGUUAACAUAUUAAUUAGUCCUAGUUUUAGGAAUUUGUAGAAGGUCGCUUGUUCUUAAUUUAUUUGGCAGCAGUUUUCUUUUGAAGAACUUCAACAGAAAGGAGGAGCUCCCAGAAGUGAUACAUUUAUAUGCCUCUAGCAUAAGUUGCUGCAAAUUUUUUUCAUUUAUUGAGAUUAAAAUCAUUAAACAUGACUUUGACUCCAGUUUUGACAUCCUCGUGCUCUGCAUCAUGUUUUCGCGACUUCAUUCAUAAUUGUUUGUCAAUUUUUGCCUUUUUGAAAAACCAGUGAACUCGAUGAUGUGCUGAAAGUAAAAGGCCCCGAUCGAGCAAUAAAGACAUUCUGUUUUGCAGUGAACCCCUUUUUUGUGAGCGGUCACAAAAAAGCCAUUGUUUUUUUAUGCUAUAGUUUCGAAGGGCCACAUUGUCCAUUUUCAUGUGGGACAUGAAAUAACUCUUUUAUUUCAUAAUUCAUUCAAAUUAAACCUCAUAUUACUAUUGGUUUAUGCUCUCAGGGGUGCAUAGCUUAGAAUUCGCCUAGAUAGAAUGCCAUGGUCUACAACAGUCACAUGCUAUGGCGCGCCAAUGCGGCAAAAAAGAAUAACAUUUUUUGUAUGCAGUUUUAAAAAAUUGUGAAUGCAAAAGUUUGUGUAUGCAUGCAUAUAUUUUUAUGCCCCACGUUAUAAAUUUUGCUAAAGCACAUUAACAAAAACGUGUGUAUCCAGCAAAAUUUAAUUUUGUGCAUGUUGGUUUACAUUAUCGUGUGUAAACCUCAGUAUGUUAUACUGGAAUGGUAAAAAACAGACGGCCGUAGAUGGGAUGUAGAGUUUGGGAGACAUUGCUGUACUUUCCAACAAAAUUUCUAAUCAUCAAAAAGAGAACGAUGGAGUUGCCAUGAAAUGUAAAGAAGGGCUUUUAUUCCCGGGCAGCAAAGACGUGAAGAAAUAAGACAAUAUCACAGGUAAAAAGGGUAUAGUUAAAUGACUGCUAGCUAUGGCGAGUGAAAUAAGUAUCAAGGAGCUUAGAAUCGCUAAUGGCAUUAGCUAAGGACCAACAAAUAUGCAGGAAGACAAUAUUUGCAUCGAUCGUGGGCAGUGGCGUCGCUUGACCUUCCAGAUUAGGGGGGUGGAGGGUCAUCAAUAGAAAAAAUUACCGACGAAGACAGAGAUUGAGAAGAAUUUAGGUACUAUUUCACCUACUUAUAGCUGAUUUUACCGACAAAUUAAGUGUUUUGUAGACAAACUGAAGAUAUACCGACGAAUUCAUGAGGAAUUGAGGGGUGUUACACCCCCUACACCCCGCACUAGCUACGCCCCUGAUCGUGGAAUUCAUAAUGGAAGAUUGUAUGCAAAUUAACUAUGUUGGCAAGCCUUAAUGCGACUUAUUUGUCCUUUAAAUUAUUCAUGCAUUUGUUAUUAAAUGAUAGUAACGAUCGAGUAGUUUUUAGUUACUGACGAGACUCUUCGAGAAAAUGAAGCUGUUUGAGCCUGGUCCACUUUCAACUUUGUUACAACUGAUUCUUUUGCUCACAAAGGGGCAAGGAUGGGUAAUAGAGAAAUACCUGAAAGACAUGAAGCUACUGCCACCUUAUUCCCAGCAACUGCAAGUAGCCAGCAUUCAAUUAUGUAUACAUCGGUGUACAAUGAAUAAGAAUUGCAAUGUUGCUAAUGUGCGCAUCCUGAAAACUGGCGCCACUGGGGUGGAAUGCAUACUUGCGCGCUUGGAAUGUUUCGAGUCGCUUCAUACCAGGGCAAGCAUAACCAAAGGCUGGGAUCUGUAUCCUUUAAGAAACAAAGCUGAAACACCAUUCUACUUGGCAUUCAAGGGAUACCAACACAACAUGUGCGUGAAAGUGAAUUCGCAAGGAAAGCUAACAAUAACGCGCCAAUGUCAACUGUUUUGCAAAAACGGGCAAAACCAGAUGAUGCACGUAAUCUCAAGAAAAUGUGUCGCUUUUCAAGCAACAAGUGGUUCAGGGGGAGAUCUCGUGGUAACAACAACUUGCAGUUUUAACAGCAUUUUCGUUGAAAUCGUGGGAUAUGGCGUGAAGCAUGUUAAGUCGGGCUGGUAUAUGCAUCCAACAGCUUAUCAUAGCCAGCCGCCCCCUGGAAUAUCAGUAGUCUUGUGGUAUAGUGGAUAUCACCCAUUCUUUUUUGAUUAUGAAAAUAAUUUCUUUUGAUGAACUUUUUUUUGCACAAGGUCAAAUAAAUCUUCACCUUUCACUGCAAAUUUGGCGUAUAAUUCAAGCAAAUUUUUGGCCCAAUUUCCUCAUGCAAUAAUUUUGAAGAAGAGAAAGCAAUUUUUUCGUUUUUAAGUCAUUUGCGAAUGUGAGGAAGAACAGUAGGACAUGAAGCGUUGGCUUUGUUUACAAUAAGCAGUAUGUUUCUGGUGUUAUUUGUAAAUCGUUUUGAUUUCUUAAACACUUAGGUUAAAAGAGAAAUUAUAUUGUUUGAUUGCUAUUUAAAUGAGUACAUGCGGCCAUGAGACAAAUCAUAAAAUCAAAAUGCAAGUUUUUUAUAACAACAACAGGCUAAGAUUUGCCCAAAGAUUAAAAAUAUAAGAAACAAGGCAAGUUGAGACUCAAGAAAACUCAAGAAAUGAAAUGCUAGCUAAAAUUGGAAAAUAAAAAAAGAGUAACAGAACAACAGAAAGCAAUGACCAAAUAAGUUUUUGGUAUCGCAGAAUUUGAAGAUGGCACGAAAUAGCGAAAACAUAGCAUACCAGGGGAUCUUUUAACAUACAAACUAGUGGGGAAUUUCCCCACCAGACCCUUAAAUUUCCCAACUAGUUGGCCCAUGAUUCCCCACUAGCAAGUGCCUUUUUCUUAAAAAUUUGUUUUAAAAUCAUUACUGCUUGUUGUGUCAUUAUCGUUUUAUGUAUGUGUCUGUUUGAUUUUCUUGCACUACACCAAAGCGAGGUUAUGAAAUUCGUGGAAAAUUCAUUGUCCUGCAAACUUGCCAAUAUCUGAAUGCUCAUUAUUUUUUCUGGUUUAAAUGUAACUUUUCACUGCAUUGGAGUAAGGACUGAUGUGCAAGACCCUGAAGCAUUACAUACCAUGGAUACACUUUUUCCUUUUGUUUUUGCCAUCAGUUGUGUCACGUUAAGAGGAAUGUCCUUUUGUGUCCGUUCCCCACCGGUGAAAAUUCCUUAAAAGAUCCUCUGUAGCAUACUGAAGCACUUUUCUUCCAACACACUUCAGGGUCAUUGUGCUCUUAUAAAAAUGGCGUGAAUUACUGUAAGACUGCUUCAGACUGCUGCAAAAGAUAUCUUUUGAAGGACAUUCAACUAAAAAUGAACUGCUCUGUCUGAUAUAAUUCUAAGAUUGAAUUUUAUCUUAAAACAUCUGACUGUUUAGCUAAUCGCUGCCUAGGCUAACCAAGUUAUUCUCAGCACAUUUUCGCCUGUAUAUGAUAUAUCUGCAAGUUUAAAUGGACAUAUUACAUUUGGAGAAAACCAUGCAUAUGGAAUCUUACUUUUAUCUAGUAUGCAUUAAUAUUCCAAUCACUCAACUUUUUGUUACGUAAUAGCUUUAUUUGUUAAGUUUAUGUUUGUGCUAAUUUUAUUUUACUGUAUUUAGCUAUAAACUUUCGAUAAACAUUAUAAGCACUGUUAUCAUUUUAAUAUGUUUUAUUAAUUUAAUUCAAAUUCUUAGCUAUAUCAUACCUAUCGGCAACCACAA